AAUUGGCAAGCAGCAGCCCUGGGUGGCAAAUCGGAAGCGAGGAAGCGUUGCAAGCCACAGUCCAAUGAUUCAGAACACUGAAGGAGCUGCUCUUAUCGGCCAUCAGAAGAGUCGCGGUGGUGUAGGUGGUGUUGGGGUCACAUCGGCCCGAGAUUUACACUCUCCCAACAGCUCCCGCCCGGGCUCCCCUCUGUCGGCCAACAACCCUACCUCGAAUACCUUUGCCUUCCCGCCUGGAGAGCAUAACACUGCCGGCUCUGAGGCCGUCGCCACACCUGACGGGCCUAUCACAUCGGUGGAUGCGACGAUGAUGGCCGAAGCAUUCCGGAAGGCGCUUCGGAAACCUGAGUUCUCUCUACCCGAAAACGUCCCUGGUGAUGCCCGCUCCUCCUCCAGCCAACGCGAACGAACCAAGAGUCCUCCGAACACCGAUCCCACUAAUCCCGACUCAUCCGCCCCUAACGCCCUUCUCAACGUCAGAGAAAGCAUGCACGCUCAGGUUCUUGAUGGUGACGAUCUCCCUGACCUUGAAGACCAGGACGGUGAAGAGGCUAAGGAAAUCAUGGACCGCGAACUCGCUAGUGAAGGCCGUAGUAUGACCUCGGUCGACAACCGAAAACGGCCCCAGGUUCAUGGUUAACCCUUCUUUUUGUCCACCCCUCGCCCCUUCUCUUUCUCAGUCGCCUCUAUAACCGCUUCUCUAUCCCUUCCCGCGCCACUCAAUACUAAUAUAUCAAUCCUAACAAAUAAUAUCCUUCAUCAUCAAAUAUCAUCAACAUCGUCAUCCAUCGUCUUGAAAUCGAGAAUUCCAAAAAGAUAUAACGACAAUAAUUUCAUUUCUUCCUUUUACGUUUAAUAUAUAUACAUAUAUAUAUCAUCUCAACAUACUUC